GAAGAAUUUACAUCACAUUAAAAUUCGCCAAGACAGUUGAAACGGAGCGCAAAAUUUUGAAUUGUAAUAGUGCUGAAAGUUCAUUUUUUAAAUUAGUGGUGAUACACUGGUACAACAGCAUUACCUUCCAAAAAUUAUGUAUCUUGAUGUCAAGUAGAUGAGCGGAAGUGCGUGUCACACAUCCAUUGGAGAUGAGAAACACACAGUACAUUGGUUCCGUAAAGGUCUGAGGUUGCACGACAAUCCAUCUUUAAAAGAAGGUAUCAAAGGGGCCAAGACGAUUCGUUGUGUUUUCGUCUUAGACCCUUGGUUUGCUGGUUCUUCUAGCGUUGGAGUCAACAAAUGGAGAUUUCUGCUUCAAUGUUUGGAAGAUUUAGAUCGUAACUUGAGAAAAUUUAAUUCGAGGUUAUUCGUUAUCCGUGGUCAGCCUGCAGACGCACUUCCGAAACUUUUCAAAGAAUGGGGGACGACAGUUCUCACUUUCGAAGAAGACCCAGAACCAUUUGGGAGAGUCAGAGAUCACAACAUAACAGCACUAUGUAAUGAACUAGGAAUAACGGUUAUACAACGUGUAUCUCACACACUCUACCAUCUCGAAGAUAUAAUAGAGAGAAAUGGUGGAAAGGCGCCAUUAACAUACAACCAAUUUUUAGCUAUAAUAGCUACGAUGGGCCCUCCGCCGAAACCUGAAUUACCUGUUUAUGGUUGGCACAACGGGGCGUAUACACCUUUGAGUGAUGAUCAUGAUGAUAAAUAUGGUGUUCCAACUUUAGAAGAAUUGGGAUUUGACACGGAAGGUUCAAAUCCACCAACGUGGCUUGGUGGUGAAAGUGAGUCAUUGGCACGCUUAGAAAGACACUUGGAAAGAAAAGCAUGGGUUGCCUCCUUUGGACGGCCAAAAAUGACACCUCAAUCAUUAUUACCUUCGCAAACAGGACUAUCACCUUACUUAAGAUUCGGCUGUUUAUCCACCAGACUGUUCUAUUACCAACUAACUGAUUUGUACAAGAAAAUUAAAAAGGCAUUUCCGCCUUUGUCGUUGCACGGUCAAUUGUUAUGGCGAGAGUUCUUUUAUUGUGCUGCUACCAAAAAUUCGAACUUCGAUAAGAUGUUAGGAAAUCCCAUAUGCGUACAAAUACCUUGGGAUAAAAAUGCUGCAGCAUUAGCAAAGUGGGCAAACGGUCAGACAGGAUUUCCCUGGAUAGAUGCAAUCAUGACACAACUGAGACAAGAAGGAUGGAUCCACCAUAUAGCAAGACACGCUGUAGCUUGUUUCCUAACGCGAGGAGAUCUUUGGAUAUCGUGGGAAGAGGGAAUGAAGGUAUUUGAGGAACUCUUAUUGGAUGCCGAUUGGUCAGUGAAUGCCGGUACUUGGAUGUGGUUAUCAUGUUCCAGUUUCUUUCAACAGUUUUUUCACUGUUAUUGCCCAGUUAAGUUCGGGAGAAAAGCCGACCCUAAUGGAGAUUAUAUAAGAAAAUAUCUUCCAAUAUUGAAGAAUAUGCCAAUUCAGUAUAUUCAUGAGCCUUGGCUGGCUCCUGAAAAAAUACAACAGUCAGCGAAGUGCAUCAUAGGAAAAGAUUAUCCUCUUCCUAUGGUCAAUCAUACUGUAGCUUGUAGAAUUAACAUCCAGAGGAUGAAGCAAGUAUACCAACAGCUGAAAAAUUACCAAAUAAUUGAGAAUGCAAAAUGUGAAAGAAGAGAACAAGAUGGAAAUGCAACAAUUGUAAAAAAUGUUGUAAUGUCUGAUUAUUAGAUAGGAAACAUGAUAAAUGAUAAAAUUAUUUUCGAUGUAAAAUAUCGUACGUACGUUAACCUAGCGGACGAAUUUUUUCAAAAAUUACUUUUGAUUGGCUUAAUAAUUGCCGUUUUUUAACCACCUUUUCUACAGUGAAAUUCGAAGAAUUAGUUGUUAAUUAUUUAAAAAAAAACCUAUGGUCCGCUAUGUUAACACAUAAGUUAACGAGCCACCGCCUGAAAAACCGCUUCUCUACGUACGGCAAUUAUAUUUGAACACAUCAAUAAUUGCCGCCUAAUUUGCCGUUCAAGAAAUCAUCGUUGAUUUAUCCGGAGCACAUUGGGGUCGGGCGCAAAGUUGGGAAAUAGCAAUUUUCCAUAUAACUUAGCGAGCCCCACCCUGAAAAACCGCUUCUCUAUGUACGGCAAUUAUAUUUAAACACAUCAAUAAUCCGAAUUUCACUUCAGAAAAGGCAGCUAAAAACGGCAAGUAUUAAGCUAAUCAAAAGUAAUUUUUGAAAUAAUUGGUCCGCUAUGUUAACGUACGUGUACCACGAGCGUUAACAUAACAUAACAUAGCCACUUAUGUGUUAAGAUAGCGGAUCAUAGGUUUUUGUUUAAAUAACUAAGGGCAAAUUCUUGGAGUUUCACGGCAAAAAAGCGGCAAUUAUUAAGUUAAUCAAAAGUCAUUUUUGAAAAAAUUG